CUGCUCAACUGGGGCUCUCACGAGUGUCCUGUGUUACAGUGCAGGGACUUCACGGCCCACACAGGGUAUGAGGUACUGCUGCAGCGGCUGCUGGAUGGCAGGAAGAUGUGCAAGGAUGUGGAGGAGCUGCUCAGGCAGAGGGCCCAGGCGGAGGAGAGGUACGGGAAGGAGCUGGUGCAGAUCGCACGCAAGGCUGGUGGCCAGACGGAGAUCAAUUCCCUGAGGACCUCCUUUGACUCCCUGAAGCAGCAAACAGAAAACGUGGGCAGCGCACACAUCCAGCUGGCCCUGGCCCUGCGCGAGGAGCUGCGGAGCCUGGAGGAGUUCCGUGAGAGGCAGAAAGAACAGCGGAAGAAGUAUGAGGCCGUCAUGGACCGUGUCCAGAAGAACAAGCUGUCUCUCUAUAAGAAGACCGUGGAGUCCAAGAAGGCAUACGACCAGAAGUGCAGGGAUGCAGAUGACGCCGAGCAGGCCUUCGAGCGUGCCAGUGCCAAUGGCCACCAGAAGCAAGUAGAAAAGAGCCAGAACAAAGCCAAGCAGUGCAAGGAGUCAGCCACAGAGGCAGAGCGAGUGUACAGACAAAAUAUCGAACAGUUGGAGAGAGCGAGGACGGAAUGGGAGCAGGAACACCGGACCACCUGUGAGGCCUUCCAGUUGCAGGAGUUUGACAGGCUGACCAUCCUCCGCAAUGCCCUGUGGGUACACUGCAACCAACUCUCCAUGCAGUGUGUCAAGGAUGAUGAGCUCUAUGAGGAAGUACGGCUGACACUGGAAGGCUGCAAUGUGGACGGCGACAUUAACGGCUUCAUCCAGUCUAAGAGCACUGGCAGAGAGCCCCCGGCUCCAGUGCCUUAUCAGAACUACUAUGACCGGGAGGUCACCCCAAUGAUUGGCAGCCCUACCGUCCAGCCAUCCUGCGGUGUGAUAAAGAGGUUCUCUGGGCUGCUACAUGGAAGUCCCAAGACCGCAUCUUCUCAAGCUCCUGCUGCUUCCACAGAGACUCUGGCUCCCACUCCUGAGCGAAAUGAGUUGGUCUAUGCAGCCAUCGAAGUGCAGACAACACAGGGGAACCUUAACUCAUCGGCCCAGGACUACCGGGCGCUCUAUGACUACACGGCACAGAAUUCCGAUGAGCUGGACAUUUCUGCAGGAGACAUUCUGGUGGUCAUCCUGGAAGGAGAGGAUGGCUGGUGGACAGUGGAGCGGAACGGACAGCGUGGCUUUGUCCCUGGGUCCUACCUGGAAAAGCUCUGAGAAAAGACACCAGCAGCCUCCACACACCUUUGCCCUGACUCUGAGGUCAGGACUGUUC